ACAAUACAUGACUUAGCAGUGCACUCCUUUGAGUUGAGUGGACACGAAGUUGACAGGAACCUCUUUGUGCGCCCCCCAGCACCAAGUGGAGCGUCGUGUGAUAAUAACAAAACAGGCGCCUCAAUGAGCGGCGUAAAGCGUUCUAUAAAUCGGGCAGCCAGCAAGCCUCCCAUCGCCAGUCAGCCUGCGUAGGACAUUUCCGCACACGCGGGUCAGCUGAUCAAGACACGCGGAAAGCACCAACUAACUGAAUUCGGCAAAAAAGUCACCGCACGCAGUACGCAUGAACUUUUAGUCGCAUCACGGACCCACGAAACACGCUUGACCGCUUUGUACGGCGUGAACUGAUCUCCGCAUUUCUCAUUUGACUGACUGACAGCGAGAGAGCGAGAAGCAACACGUGGCUGCUGGACUGUCAUUCUGACUUGAGGUGAUGGCGUGCAGGGAGUCGCCGGUGGCUUUGAAUGGAACUCACAUUUCCUACAUUGGACACGAUUGUAAGGACAUCCCAGACUUCCUUGGGGCCUCUUUUGGAGAUUUUGCAAGAAGGCUGGACUUGAGCUUCAACCAGCUCAGGUCCCUGGCAGGCCUCAAAACGUUCACUGAGCUGGAAGAGCUGGUCGUCGACAACAAUCUGCUUGGGAAUGACCUCCGGUUGCCCAGGUUACCGAACCUGCACACCUUGACGCUCAAUAAGAACAAACUGAAUGAUAUUGAGGCUCUGCUGGAGCACUUGGCUGACGUGACCCCGUCGCUGGAGUACCUCAGUUUGCUGGGCAAUGAGGCCUGCCCCAACCAGCUGGUCAGCCUGGAUAAAGAUGAGGAUGACUACCAGAGAUACAGGUAUUUUGUUCUGCACAAACUGCCGCAGCUGAAGUUUCUCGACACCAGGAAAGUUACCAGAAAAGAAGCGAUAGAGGCCCAGGCGAGAGGAGCAUUCAUGAAGGUGGUCAAGCCCAAAUCGGACGGCCCGCCGAACGAAGCUGGAUUUGAGAAGUGCCCUCUGCCCUACACUCCCCUACCCCGAGGAUCCAGAGAUGCUUCAAACCACAAAGGCGUCUUCACCAAAUGCCGCUACGUCUACUAUGGCAAGCAGUCCGAAGGCAACAGAUUCAUCCAAAACGACCAACUUUGAUGGCGCUGCCGUGUCCGGGCACAAGUGGGACAUUGGAGAAGAUGGCUGAUAUGACCCGGAAAAGAGAAAUAAUGUCAUUAUUUCUGCUGGUCCCUCUCUCUGGAAUGACCUUCCACUGAACAUUCGGCAAGUCUCCUCGCUGCCCAUCUUUAAAACCCGCCUCAAAACUCACUUGUAUUUUUUUGACAUUUGACUCAGCAUGAUUCAGAUUUGUUCUUGAUUUUGGCGUUCGGUGCUUUCUACCAUCUUAGUUACCGAUUUGUUGCUUUACUGUUGUAUAUGUUAGUUGAGUUACGUGUUAUUUAUUUACGUUCCGCUGAUAAUGCACUCAAUCAAAUAAUUGCUUCGACCUAGUAGCAGAAAGAUGCUUCAAGAUGGUAUUGUUCCUUCUGCGUGCACACGCACGCACACACACACACGAGGGACAAACGGGUCCAACCUAUUGCGUGUCUUGGCCUGACAGCCAUGAUGGAUCACCCAUCCACUGCUGCCACUAAUCAAGGGUGAAAGGGGUGACGGUCACACACCUGAGACCUGACACGGACACAUCCGAGGUGCGCGCGCACACACACACACACACACACACACACACACACACACACACACACACACACACACACACACACACACACACACACACACACACACACACACACACACACACACAAAAUACAAAG